AUGGAAAAAAAAUCAGAAAUGAGUAAAGAGAAGCAAAAAACUAAGAAACGGAAUUCUGCAUCUAUUUUUAAAAAUAAGGAAAUGGUGUCUGACGAAAAGGAUAAAAAAGAACAUAAAAGUGGUGAUGGAUUAAAGGAAGAAAAUACAAGACAGAAAAAAGAAGAUAAAAAUAAAGAAAUUGCUGAUAAAAAUAUUUUAGAGAAUUGUGAUGAAUCUUCGUCAAGUAUUGAAAAAGAAGAAAAAAUGCCAAGAAAAGAAGUUAAUAAGAAAGCUGUUACUGCUGAUUCGAUUGAGUCUUCUUUAAGUGAUUCAAUGCGAAGUUUUGAUGCAGGUGAAAAUAGGAAAGAUUUAUCAAGUGAAUCUAAAGAAUCUAGCGAAUCAAGUGAAUCUGAAGGAUCUAGCGAAUUAAGUGAAAGCGAAAAAUUAGGUGAAUCUAAAAAGUCAAGUGAAUCUAAAACGUCGAGUGAAUCUGAAGAAUCUAGCAAAUUAAAUAAAAGCGAAAAAUUAAAUAAAAGUGAAAAAUCAAAUGAAAGCGAAAAAUCAAGUGAAUCUGAAAACUCAAGUGAAUCUGAAAACUCAAGUGAAUCUGAAAACUCAAGUGAAUUAAAGGAAACCAAAAAAACAGGUCAAUCGAAGGAACCAGAAGAUUCAUCAAGCGAGAUUGAACAACAAUCCUCUAGCAUUGAAGAGGAAAAUUUAGAAGAUAAAGAUCUUAGAGUAUGCUUUAUGAAAGGUAUACCAUUUGAUUUAACAGAAGAAGAGUUAAAGAAAGAAGUUGGUUUAAUUGGUAAAACAGUUAGAGUAUCUAUACCUGUCACAGGAGAUAAAAAUAGAAAUAAGGGAUUUGCUUUUAUUGAAUUUGUUAAAGAAGCUGAUGCUAAAAAAUGUUUAAAACUUGAUAAUCAAGAAUUGUUUGGCAGGAAAAUAAAUGUUUCUAUUGCUUCUAAUUCUGAGAGAAAGAAGAAAUACACUUUAAAAGUAAAUAAUUUACCAUUUAAGUGUACAAAAGAGGAUUUAAUAAAAUAUCUUAGUAAAUUUGGUGAAAUAAAAGGAUGUCAUAUACCAAUGGAAGAUGACAGAACUAAAGGAUUUGCUUUUAUUUUCAUUGAUGACGAGUCUACGUUUAAAAAGUUAUUAAAUGCUAAGUUGACAUUUAAAGAUAGAACUCUUUUUGUAAAAGAUGGUGACGAUCAGAAAAAUGACAAAAAUAAAUUUGAUAUUAGAAAAAAGAAUAUAGCAGAAUUAGUAGAAAAGAAAGGUAGUAAUACAAAAAAAAAUAAAGAUUCAUACAGUAAAAAAGGAAAUAAUAAAUCUGAUACAAGAAAAGACACUAAAAGAAUGAAAUACAAUGAAUCUAAAAAAAGUAAAUCUGAAUCUAAAAAUAGAAUAGUAUUUGAAAGUGACAGUGAGUAA